ACUCCGGGCUCAGAGUUCUCGCUCAGUGUAUCAGUGCUGAUCCUUCAGCUGGAAGUGUAGAGCUGCUCGGAUGGAAAUGUGACUCCGGCGGUGUGAAGCGGGGAAACUUUCUUGCCGUUUGAAUCAGAGUUACCCGGCACACCGGAGAGCAGCUGGACGCAUCAGACUCUCUUACAGGAUGGAGGAGGCGUCUCCAGUCAAGUUAUCCGUGGCUGAACUGGCUGGGAAGUUUAAAAGUCAUCCACUGCCAAUGCCAAGGACUGAUGAGGGAAAACCUGUUCGAAUGAGCCCUCCAUCUUCUUUGCAGUUACAUGACCAGAUGGAAAGUGAGAGUGAGAAGGAGAAACCGAGUGUUACACCUCAACCUCCACCCAAGUCUAAGCUGAAGAAUUCUCCCCUCUUUGAGAAACUGCAGGCCAAUCCCAUAUUGUCUCCCAAUAUACUGCUCAACUCAGCCAAAAGUCCAGAAACAAAGCAACAGGCCGUACCAUUCUGUCCUAUCAUCAUUUGCAGUCCCCAUAGUCCCACCCUGAAGCCUCCUCAGCAGCACAGUGAGGUGCCUGUCAGCUUCGAGACACCAGCUGAGGGCACCACACUGCCCAACUUCAACAAGGGUCGAGUCCGGCUCUCCUUCAAGCGCCGACCACCCACUCGCCCGCACCGCAAGUCAGCAGGUGAAGAAGGGGUUCCAGACACACCUGAUGAAAACAGGCCUCCAGCUGAUCUGUUGAGUCCUGAUAACAGCCCUGACAAGAAUGGCAAUACUAAGGAUGCACUGGUUCUUCCUCCAGAGGAAACACAUGAGAGCCAGGAAAACUCCAUUCCUCUCAUAACUGUACAAGACACAGAUCUGCAGGAAGAACAUAAUGAUAUGACCAAGGACAAUGAAGGGACUGAAGAUACUGAAGGGGAAAACAAGGAAGAGGUAGCAGAGGAAGAGAGCUCAGGAAAUCCUGACACUUCAGAAUCUGUGGACAACCAACAAGAUGAAAAGGCACUCGAAGAACACAACUCGGAGGAGACAGACGAAUCAAGAAAAGAAGCAGAAACUUCAGGAGAAUCUACUGAGGAGAACAUGGAUGCAGAGGAUCAAGAUCCGGAUCAAGCUUCUACAGACUGAGAUGGAUAAACAUAUAGCUGUGAAAGGUGGAGAGUGCAGUGGAGGACAUCUACCGGAGGAAAAACACGGACCAAAUGCAGAGAGUUAUAAUUUAUAACAGUGGACCUGAAUUUAUGCUCUAAGCCUAUGCAUUACAAUGAACAGUGCAGCCCCUACCACAGCCGUUGACAAGCCAUACAUGGUUAACCAUCCAACAGUGGCCAGGAAUGUUGCAAUAUGAGCAGAAAACAAAGUCUGCAUCAAAUUUGGGGAGGUUAUAAACCUUUUCUGAUCUUUUCCCUUCUCUUUCUGGAUCAUGUCACCAGUGUACACUUUAGAAACUCUCUGUUUCUGAUAUUGUGUAGCUUAGAAAAGUAGUCUUUAAACUGUUAAUGGAAUGCAAUGGCAUGAGAGUGGUAAAAAAAUUGAUAAGGAGAAUGAUCUUACUAGCAGCUCUUACUAAGCCUCAAAUUCUAUGUGAAGUAUAUAAUGAUUUUUUUUCUUUAGGUGACAAAGCAUCCUUAACUAUGCAAACAAUCCUUCAGGAAAACUUUUUAACCUUGAUACUUUUCUGUAAAAUAAUUAUGUGACUGCAAGCGUUUGCUUGAAUAUCAAUAUACCUUGAAUUGUAAUUUCAUUUUAUUAUUGAUGACACAAUGGUAGCACAGUGGUUCUAUACUACAAAAACGCUCCCAUUAAAUUUCAGCACGUACUUUAUUAAAUUUAAGGGAUAGCCUAACAAACUGUUAUAUAAAAUUAAUGCACACCUACUGAUCAAAAUCCAAUCAGAUUUAAGAAUUCAACAGCACUGUGAUACAAAUUAAAAUAUUAACAGAUAUUUUAUUUUUCUAAACUGUUGUUACCACAAGCUCUUAAGUUUAAGUCCCAGACCAACCAGAAAUCCACCUUCAGCUGUUUAUCUCUAUGGAUUGGAUUGGACAUGGAGGCUAAAAUUGUGUGCCAGAUGAAAACACAUAAAUUGCUUGGUUUUUAGUACUGGCCUGUAAUUUUUCUUUAAAAAUAACAUGUUAAUUAAUGAACACAAUGUGAAACUGCUUCUUUAAAUGUGAAGCACUCUGCAGUGUUCACAAGGGGGCAGUCUAGCAAUAAUUGAUGAAUACUGUACCUAAAACUCCUUCCACUUAAUAAAAAAUUAUUGAAAAUGUAUCAAUAUAAAUCCACAUUGAUAAUUAAUUAAUUGUAAUUAAUCAAUAUAACAUUACACACAUACACACAUUAUGGUCCAGUGUGAUUCACUUGCAAAAAUAAGAAUUAAUCAUAAUAAAAUUGUUAUUUAUGAGAGUUGACAAGGUUUUGUUUGAUAUUCGCAAAACCAUUUUCACCUUGUAAAAUCUACGAUGGUUUCAAUCAGUAAUCUGACUUUUUGAUACCUAGAAACUUUCUCUGCAGUCUCUGAGCCACUUCUUCCCUUCUUCUUCCUUUCCAGAUAAACUUCCUUUUAAUUAGGAAUGACAAUAAAAGUGCUCAU